AUGGUUUGUGUCAUUUUGCUAUUGGAUGUCAAUAACACAGAAUUGACCAACUCAACAGAAGAACACAGACGUUUAUCUGCCAAGCUAAAGGAUAAAUAUCAAACAACAGCCAAGUUGACCAUCUUUGCACACUAUUCCAUCGAUGAUUCCAACAAACCUCAACAUUAUUUCAGCAGAAGAGAUCCUUCAUUCUCUCACAGCAGCUUACUAACUAUGCCAGAAUCUUCGUUCAUCACAAACAUUCUCCGAUUUUAUCCCAAAGCUCUAAAAUAUGCACCUCCAGAAUAUAGAAAUAAUCAAGUUAUAGUUUUGACAGCAGUUCGACAUUAUGAUAGUUGUUUGGAAUAUGCUGGGGAGGAAUUGUUGAAUAGUUUACAGUUUGCUAUGCGAUUGGUGAGUGAGAGAGGUCUGUAUUAUAGAUAUUUACCUGAAAAUGUCAAGUGUGAAAGACAAGUGGCAAGACAAGCUGUUAUGCAAAAUGGGCACGUGUAUCAGUUCCUAUCUCAAGAAUUGAGACAAGAUGGAGAACUGUUAGUAUUGGCAAUGAAAACGAAUAGUCAAGCCAUUUCGUAUGCUCAUCCUAAACUGUUAUCUGAAAUUAAUAAUCAAGAAUUCAAGAGAGAUUAUUCUAUACUAUCUGAGAAUAGAGAUCAUUUAAAUGAUUUGGCUAUAAAUCCAUAA